AUGGAGGGCGAUGAGGUUAUCGGCGCACCAAAGCAUCCCGAUUGGCUGCAAAUGGUACGCAUUAAGGAAGGGGAAGUUCCCCGCGUGAUUGCCUAUGUUUCGACUAGGCUCUCCCGCUAUCGUCCCGCUAUGCGUUGCGACAUCCUCAUCCUCUCCCUCUUCAGUGGGGGUGAGGUUCUUAAUCUGAUGAACAUCUACUCCGACGAUCAACACACAGCCAUUGAGCACCUCGCUGCUCGUGUGCGUUCCUUACCACCUUUCAUCUAUAUGGCUGGUGACUUCAACUGCGUGUCGACGACUUGGGAUGACUAUGAGCAUGGUGAGUCGUCGACGGCAAUAUCACUGCGGGAUUCCGCAUCUCAGAUCGGCCUCGAGUGGGCACGACCUUCUAACCAUGGACCGACGCGGAUCAGUCCUAAUCCAAACCAGAGAUCCAACGUCUUGGAUCUUGUAUUCUUAGCUCCAUCUGAGAUUCUAAUCUCGAUGCCCAGAUUGGAGCACGAUCUCCAGGGUCCAUCAGAUUAUGUCCCGAUCUGUACAGAUCUUGAUAUUGGUCCCGAACCACCCGGAUCUGGGCGACGGACAAUUAAACCCGGAAGUGAGGCUGAAAAGUCUUUCAUUUCGGAUAUUCUCCGGGAUCUUACGGCUAUUCCUGUCGCAGCCCCGGCAACCAAGGAAGGCGUUGAAGCUUUAGCUGAUGCUAUUGCGACUGCGUUCUCGGACGCAUGGCUUGUUCAUUCGACCGAGUCCAAACCUACCAAGCGCUCCAAGUCCUGGUGGACGGACGAGUGCUCGGAUACAUUCAGCGUAUAUCAGUUGAGCCGCUCGCUCGCUGAUUACAACAAGUUUAAGAAGGCGUGUAAGGUCGCCAAACGUGAUUUCUUCGAUGAACGUAUCGCGGAGAUUGCUACUUCUUGCAAGCGCCCGUGGGACCUAAUGGAAUGGGUCAAACAGCGCAAGCUACCAGCCUGUGAGGCUAUUCGCAAUGGCGACCAGCCUUGUCAUGAUAUGGACGACCUCUGGGACGCCCUCCACGGCACUUACAACUUGGCCUCUGGUCGCGAGUACGAUGCCUCAGUCUUAGACGAGCUUCCCGACGAGCCGGUCCGCGAGUGGGCUGACUUCUCGGAGCAUGAGUUGUUGAGUGCCCUUAAGGGGUGCUCCAACUCCUCUGCACCAGGACCGGACCAUAUCACAUGGGUCCACCUAAAGGAGCUGCUCAAGGAUAAACACAUCCUCGCGCUCUUCAUCGUGUUGGCCAACGCUUGCCUUCGGGUGGGUCAUUGGCCACGUAUAUUCAAGGAGUCGCUAUCGGUCAUCGUUCCGAAGCCGAACAAGCCCUCCUAUUCCAUACCGAAGGCCUUCAGGCCGGUCGUACUCCUCAUCACUUUUGGUAAACUUAUCGAAAAGAUGAUUGCCAACAGGAUACAGUUUGACGCCGUCAAGCAUGAUAUCUUCCAUCCCAACCAACUUGGCGGCAUCCGCCAGAGGUCAACUGAGGAUGCUGGAUUGAUUCUGACUCAUCUCUUCUUCCCUUCUAUCAACCAUGAGAUGUUCAUGGCUGUUCUUCGCAAGCAAGGGUUCUCGCCAGUUUUGGUGGAAUUCUUUGCCUCUUAUCUUGUUGGUUGGUCCACAGUCUACUGUUGGAACACCUUCCAAUCCGACUCACGGUCUGCGGAUGUGGGUGUCGGGCAGGGCUCAGCUCUCUCGCCUGUCAUCUCUGGGCUGUUCAUUGCUCCGGUAAUGAAGCUCUUUUACAUCAAAGCGGUGCCGCUCAACAUGAUGCUGCUGUCCUUUGUGGAUGAUGGGACCAUCUUGGCCCAAUCCAAACAGCUUGAUGAUAAUAAUGUGGGCCUGCGUAAGGCCUACAAGAUUAUCUACCUUCUUUUUGUCGCCUUCGCGCUCGUUCUUGAACACGACAAGACCGAGCUGUUUCACUUUUCGCGUCGCCGAGACGCCUACAAUCCCUCGCUGGAUUUGGGGUACGCCCCUCAUACCGGCGCCACACCUUUGAAACCUAAGACCUAUUGGAGGUACUUGGGCUUCUACUUUGACCGCGGGCUCACGUUCCAUGAGCACGUUCGCUACUAUGCCACUAAGAGGUCGUUUCGCACCUCACCCACAGGCGGUCUUGAGGCCCUUGCUGGCCUCAUCCCCGUCCAUCUCAUGCUGAAGAAGUUGGCAACGUGCGCAGUGUAUCGCAUCGCUACCCUCUCAGACACUCACCCCCUUCGCUCUAUGAUGGGCGAGGGACUCCUCAAGCGAGCUGCACCACACGCUCGCUCUGCCGCCUUGAUGACCCCAGCUAUGCGAGGGAAAGUCAAGAGCACUGUCAUGGAGGUGGACGAACGCGUCCACACCUUAAGUGAGAGCUUUGAGCCCUUUGCGCCCGAAGCUCGCCCAGGUGACCGGUUACUGGACCGCUAUGCGGACCGUCUCCAUUUUGACGAGCGUGAUCCUGGCCAGGAUAGGCGCCCAUAUCUAGACGAGCUCAUCACGAAAGCGAGGGCCGACCCACUAACAGUACUGGCUGCAACUGAUGGCUCUGUCCCUCAGUCCAACCAGUAUCAGGCGGCUUCGGCUGCUAUAAUCUACAAGGGACAUCGCGAGCUCGAGAGGACCCGCUAUGUCUCUGGCAGAGUUACUGCCCCAGAUGCGGAACUCAAUGCCAUCUCGUGCGCAGUGCGCCUUGCUGUCAAGCAGGCAAACUGCCAGCAUAUUAUGGUCUUUACUGACUCUAUGGGCUCGGCCCAUAGAGCGGUUGACCCCGGCGUGCAUUCCGGUCAGGCUUUUAGUCUGUCAGUAUGUCGCGCUCUUCAAGAGUGGUUUGAGGCGGAUGAUCUCCGUCGCAUUACCUUCGUCUACGUCCCUUCUGCUAUGCGGUGGGGCAUUCAUGGUGAGGCACACAAGUACGUCACCGAGCUUAAAGUCAGGGUUGGACGUCGCAAGACAGACAACUCUAUAGACGCGCUACGCUCCCGAGCGCGCACUCAGUUCUGGACUCGUGGAAUUCCACUUUCCAGGAUCCAACCUACUGAGGCUCUGAAUUCUUGGAGCUCCAACAGCCUGACGGGCGGCCGCUACAGCCAUCAUACCUCAAUGGGGGACCUUGGCUUUCAACUUUCGGACACAGUAUCACUGAGUUUGCCCGCGUUUGCCAGUGCAUAA